UAUCAUGGCGUCUCCCAGUGGGAAGGGAGCCCGGGCGCCGGAGGCUCCUGGCUGCGGGCCCCGGCCGGCCGCCGGGGACCUGGUGGACUCGGUGGACGACGCCGAGGGUCUGUACGUGGCGGUCGAGCGGUGUCCGCUGUGCAACACCACCCGCCGGCGGCUGACCUGCGCCAAGUGCGUCCAGAACGGCGACUUCGUCUACUUCGACGGCCGCGACCGGGAGAGGUUUAUAGACAAGAAGGAACGGUUAAGCCAACUUAAGAGCAAACAAGAAGAAUUUCAGAAAGAGGUAUUAAAAGCUAUGGAAGGAAAAUGGAUAACAGAUCAGUUGAGAUGGAAAAUAAUGUCCUGCAAGAUGAGGAUUGAACAGUUGAAACAAACAAUAUGUAAAGGAAAUGAAGAAAUGAAGAAAAAUUCUGAAGGUCUUCUCAAAACCAAGGAAAAGAACCAAAAGCUUUAUACUCGAGCACAACGGCAUCAAGAGAAAAAGGAGAAGAUUCAGAGGCACAAUCGAAAACUUGGUGACCUAGUAGAAAAAAAGACCAUCGAUUUAAAAAGUCAUUAUGAGCGCCUGGCAAAUCUUCGGCGAUCGCAUAUAUUAGAGCUCACGUCUGUCAUUUUUCCAAUCGAGGAAGUAAAGACUGGUGCGAGAGAUCCCGCAGAUGUGUCUUCAGAGAGUGACAGUGCCAUGACCUCCAGCACCGUGAGCAAGCUUGCUGAAGCCCGGAGGACGACCUACCACUCUGGGAGAUGGGUCUGUGAUGACCACAAUGGGGACACCAGCAUUAGCAUCACAGGGCCUUGGAUUAGCCUGCCCAACAACGGGGACUACUCUGCCUACUAUAAUUGGGUGGAAGAGAAGAAAACCACGCAGGGGCCUGACAUGGAACAUAACAACCCUGCUUACACGAUCAGUGCUGCGUUGUGCUAUGCGACUCAGCUGGCCAACAUUUUGUCUCAUAUACUCGACAUAAAUCUUCCCAAAAAGCUGUGCAACAGUGAAUUUUGUGGGGAAAAUCUCAGCAGACAGAAAUUUACUCGAGCAGUAAAGAAACUGAAUGCAAAUAUUCUUUACCUGUGCUUUUCUCAGCAUGUAAAUUUAGAUCAAUUACAACCACUGCAUACCCUCAGGAAUUUAAUGUACCUGGUCAGCCCGAAUUCUGAACACCUAGGCAGGUCGGGACCCUUUGAAGUUCGAGCGGACCUCGAGGAGUCCAUGGAGUUUGUGGAUCCCGGAGUUGCUGGAGAGUCAGAUGAGAGUGGAGACGAGCACAUAAGUGACGAGGAGACUGACCUGGGAACAGACUGGGAGAACUUGCCAAGCCCCCGGUUCUGUGAUAUCCCUUCCCAGCCCGUGGAAGUCUCGCAGAGCCAGAGCACCCAGACAUCCCCGCCCAUCGCCAGCAGCAGCGCCGGCGGGAUGAUCUCCUCCGCUGCAGCCUCGGUGACCUCCUGGCUUAAAGCUUACACUGGACACCGUUAAUGAGCAUGGAUCAAAACAUGCCAGAUUUGCAUCAGGAAAGUACACUAGUAAACUUUAUGUAUGUAGGUAAGGUCAUGCCUGCAACAAAGAGGUUUUAAACUGUUUUGUUUUUUUUUAAGCAGGGAGACAAACAUUUCUGUUUGUCAAAUGGCCAAUGUUGGUGACCGACAUGCUUAGGAUAAUUAAUAGAACAGAGGGGUCAAAAGGUCCUUCUACCCUGACUAGUGUCGGUGGGAGAGGACCAGCGCACGAGGCCAGCUCUGUCAAGGCAGAAACUCAUUGGGGCUCCCUCUGAUUACAGGCCGGAGGAGCCGCAGACACAGGCUGACAUGUCGGUCCUGGCGAUGCUGAGACUAUUCCUGAACACUUUACGUUUUAGAGAUUGAAUCACAGGGAAGUGACUCUUGAUGAUUAGGACUUGAAAGAUUAAAAACUGUGUAACAUUAGUUUUUAUGCGAUCAUUUUUGUACAGAGAACCAGCAGGCAACUUGAAAUACUUGAUUUCUUUAUAAUUUGGUCAUGUCUGGGUCAUGUUUAGGUCAAGGAUUUCGGUUUGUUUGGAAGGGGUGGUGUUUUUUGGAGGGAGGGGGAUGGGUAGUUUAAAAAUUAUUUCACUUGUGCUGCUCUGUCGUAGCUUGUCAGACAUUCCUGUUUUUCUUUCUCCCCACACACCAAAGAAACUAAGCUUUUCUUUAGGACCCACAUCGAUGAACAGAAGAAAUUCUAGCUGCAAUAAUGUCCUAGAGAUUUUAAACCUAUUUCUUAUAUUCUGAGUGGAAUUAAGUUCAUCCUUACCUAGAUUAUUGAAUUCCUACCAUUUACACUAUGUGCAUUUUGAAAUGGAACUUAUUUUCUAUGAGUCAAAGAUUAAAGUUGUUAAGAUCGUUUGCUAGUGUAAGCCUGCUUAGGCACCGGUUAAAAGCCACUUAAUUAAGUGGCCUUUGGUAUUCUGGUGUCCAGUUUCUUUCUAAGGGAUUUAGUAGAUGGCAGGUUUUUCCAGGGAAAUCAUCCUGAUUGCUUGUUUCCUAGAGUCUUUGUUGCUUUAAGGACACUACCUUCCCUCGGAAAUGCAGAGCAAAUCGUUAUAGCUGAUACUACGCUUCUCUCCUGGGGAAGCCCUGUGGGAAGAAUUUUCCUCACCAAGAGACCAUUGUCAGCUAAGUGUCUUGUUGUUCUUUUAGUGACAAUCUUAGAAGAAAAUCAUAGAGGCAUUAUGUACAAAUAUGUAAGUAGUUUAUUUUUAAUAACUGCAAAAAUAUCCUAUGUAACACCUACAAAAAGAAAUCCUAUGAAAAAAUUCCUAACAGGCAUUAUUACCAUAUCUUAUUAGUGUGGUUAGCAUGAUAGUACCUCAGAUAAAUCAUUUGGGGGGUUGCCCUGCCCUAGCUUCUUUUCUCAUUUUAAUUAUUAGAGAUGAUACUUUGCCUCUAAACCCGAGGUGCUAUAUAUAGCUUUUGCUAUUGGUAUAUUAGUGUUUGCUACAGUUUUGGGUAGAGUUGCAGAAGGGUGUUUAUUCCUAUCCAGGAGUCCCAAAUUCCCUGACUAUGAAUUUUCCACUUUGGGAGGACACGGGCUAUGAUUUAACUGCUCAGCUUUGUUGCUGGGCUUGCGCUGUACCAUCCGAGCCUGUAAUUCAUGGAGUGGUAGACUUGAACAAACACUAAGUGAUCUUCAAAUCCCAUGAGAUGAGUUAUCUAGGUAUUUCCAGCCCUCAGAAAGAAGAGUUAAUCUCAAGAGUUGAAAGGCUGGGAUUUGGGGCUUGAGACAACAGCCGUGGUUUUUCUCAAGUAACCCUCUUAUGAAACCAUGCGUGUGAGAUGAAGCUAAAGAACAGAAUCCAGAGGUCACAAACUCAUAACUAGAGUAUUCAACAAACCCUGCAAGAAUAUGGGAAACUUAGGGAUUGAUAGGGUAUAUUUUGUUGUUAUCAACUAGAGGCACUUUACUUGGGGUUAAAUGAUCAAACCCGUAGUGGUUAUGAAUACCAACAUACUGGCUUACGCUGCUGAGGUAUUUUGGUUUUCAUUCUUUUGCACUGGAUCCACCCUGUAAAUAUUCUUAAGUAUACAUUUCAACCACUGUUUUUUCUACUCUCUUUGCUGCUCAUUAAAAUCUUUCAUGUAGGUGCCAGAACCAUAUGUAAACAGCUUUUUGAAAAAAAUUGAAGCUGGUUUUUAUUUUUAAACAAAAAGCCAUAGAACUUGGUCUUUUUUUCCAUAUUAAAAUGAUUUGUUGAAACAAAGUAAUACUAAUAAAAACCCAGAGGCACCAAUAGGCUGCUUAAAUGGUCUGUUAAAGACUUUUUAGUAAUGGAGUAUGACUAAGAAAAGUUUUGCACAUCUGUAAAUUAAGAUGAAAAAUAUGUCAGCAUCGGGUGUAGCAGACAGGAUGCAUUUAAGGAUUUGAGUGGUGGUGA